CUCUACGCAUGCGCGGGCGGCGCCGCGGGGCCUUUUCUCCCUGCGGGGGCCGCGCGUCGUGUCCAGGUUGACGGUGGUGGCGGCGGCGGCGGCGGGAGGGGUCAGGUCCCGCCCUGCGGCGAGAGGUGGACGGUCCGGCUCGGUGUCCCCGCCGUGUGCGGCGGCAGAAUGACAGGAAUGGAGACUGAAACUCCAAGAGACAAAGCCAUGGAAGAAGAAAGCACUGAACAGAAAAAGGAGAGAGAGAAAAAAAAGAGGUCAAGGGUUAAACAGGUGCUUGCAGAUAUAGCGAAACAAGUGGAUUUCUGGUUUGGUGAUGUUAAUCUCCACAAAGAUAGAUUUCUCCGAGAACAAAUAGAAAAGUCCAGAGAUGGGUAUGUUGAUAUAUCACUUCUUGUUUCUUUCAACAAAAUGAAAAAAUUAACUACUGAUGGGAAAUUGAUAGCUCGAGCAGUUAAAAGUUCAUCUGUUGUAGAGUUGGAUUUAGAAGGGACUAGAAUCAGAAGACGCCAACCUCUGGGUGAGCAACCAAAGGAUGUGGAUAGUCGUACAGUCUAUGUGGAGCUGCUUCCCAAAAAUGUCAAUCACAGCUGGAUUGAGCGGGUGUUUGGGAAGUGUGGUAAUGUAGUUUAUAUUAGUAUCCCCCGGUAUAAAACUACUGGUGAUCCAAAGGGAUUUGCUUUUGUUGAAUUUGAAACUAAAGAGCAAGCAGAGAAAGCUAUUGAGUUCUUGAAUAAUCCACCAGAAGAAGCGCCACGGAAACCUGGGAUUUUCCCCAAAACUGUAAAGAAUAAGCCUGUCCCUACACUGAAUACAAGUAACAGCAGUGUAGUAGAAGAGAAGAAAAAGAAGAAAAAAAAGAAAUCCAAAAUCAAGAAAGAGAGCAACGUACAGGCAGCUGUAGAGACAAAGGAAUCAAACACCAACGCUACAACAGACCAAGUACCCAAGUCAAAAAGACAUAGGACUUCAUCGGAGUGUUCAGAAAUGGAGGGAACUGAGACUCACAGGCAGCCCUCAAGAAGAGAGAAGAGAAAAUGGGACAGAACAGAAAGCUCAGAGGGACCUUGGGAAAGCAGGCCAGGGAAGAGAAAAAGAACCAGCUCUGGAGAUGGUGAGACAUCAACCCCAAAAGUCAAGAAAACUGUUAAAAAGGAUGAAGUUCAUCCUGUGAAAGAGGAAACAACAGAAGCUCCGAAGGAUUCCAAUGACAUUUCUGCAGAAGAGGACAAAGAUAAAAAAGACACAUCCCUUUCAAAAUCUAAAAGGAAACACAAGAAGAAGCACAAAGAAAGACACAAAAUGGGUGAAGAAGUCAUUCCACUCAGAGUACUCUCCAAGACUGAAUGGAUGGAUUUGAAGCAAGAAUAUUUGACCCUUCAAAAAGCCAGUAUGGCCUCCUUAAAGAAAACAAUGUCUCAAAUCAAACCUGAGCCUGUGGGAGAGAUGGAAACUGAAACUUGUGCACAGAAAAAGCUUCAAUCUGAAAAUGACAGAUCCACAACGGGGCCCCAGUUUGUGAGUGGAGUAAUUGUGAAGAUCAUUAGCACUGAGCCCCUGCCGGGCAGGAAGCAGAUCAAGAAUGCUUUGGCAGUGCUGGCUCAUGUUGCUUACGUUGACAUGCUGGAGGGAGACACAGAGUGUCAUGUCCGUUUUAAUACUCCUGAGGAUGCACAGACUGUUGUGAAAUCGUACAAAGAAAUACAGAUCAAAAACAACUGGAAAUUCGAAGUUCUCACUGGUGAUAAUGAACAGCGUUACUGGCAGAAGAUUCUAGUGGACAGACAAGCUAAACUUAACCAGCCUCGAGAGAAGAAGCGGGGUACUGAGAAGUUGAUUGCUAAAGCUGAAAGAAUGAGACUUGAAAAGACUCAACAAACAAGUAAACAUAUUCGCUUCACUGACGAUAACUAAUCAAAACUGAUUGUGAUCUUGAAAGUGAACUGGGUAUUUAAAAAACAAAACCGAGCCCCACAAACACCGCUGCUUCCAGCAACUAAACAGUUCUUAAGAAGGCAUCAAGACCUGGUCCGUUUGAUUCAUAACUCCACAGACUGCAAGUAUGAAGAUUGUUUUGAAUCCCAUUUUUAAAUAGGCUGAAUGUUUACUGCUUCUGAGCCGUUAGAUAAAGCUUUCUGGGAAAAAAAAAUGUAUUAAGAGAUUUUUGCUUUAUUUCACUUCUGGUUUCUUUUUUUUUUUGUAUGUUUUAUACACUAGGUUAUGAAAUAAAAUGCUUGAGAAACUUUCAA